UUGAUAGAGAAUGACUGGGCAGUUUAAUGAUAAAUACAUGGAUCAGCUGGAGUCCUGGAUUGGCACGGGACCCAAGAUCUUCACCCUGCUGUACCAAAUAACCAGGGACGGGUGUAACGCGACAACAUUCCACCAAAAGUGUGACAACCAGGGACCCACUGUGACGGUGCUGUACAACCAACAAGGAUCGGUGUAUGGGGGAUAUGGGAGUGCGAGCUGGGUCAGCAGCAGCGGCACAUAUAUAAAAGAUUCAAACGCUUUCCUGUUUCAACUGAAAUAUUCAGGCACCGACCAAUGCAUGAAGUUUGCAGUAACGAAGGAAGACUCUGCGAUGUAUGCACUAUCUUCACAGGGACCUAUAUUCGACGGUGGACACGAUCUUAUUACAUUCACGGACACGGUCAACAGCUCUGGUGGAUAUUACGCUUUAAACGGCUCUUUGAACAUUGGGCAUACCUUAAACAAUCAAGGCUUCACUUUCGACCAAAUAAACUAUGGAAACUCCAACGUCAUCGAGUUAGAAGUUUACAGUGUAACAGAUGGGCAGCGGAUAAAAAGUCUACCACAACCAACGCAACCACUACAACCUUGGCGAAAAACUCCCGAAUGGAAUGAAAAGUAUCUCGAGACGCUUACCGAGGAUAUCGUAUCGUUCAAACCUUCCGGAAAGCUUGGACUCUCAGAUGUCCGUAUCCUGAUGCUGGGUCCAGUAGGGACGGGCAAGUCAAGCUUCUACAACACCAUCGACUCGGUGUUCAAGGGCCGCAUCUCUCGAAGUGCCCCAUGUGGGCUUUCUACCAAUUGCAAAACUAUUGCGUACACCCCAUAUGAAAUGCAUGUGAUGUCUGGAGCUUCGUUGAAUUUCCGUCUCUGUGACACACGUGGUCUAGAAGUUACUCAAGGUCUUGACAGUGUGGAGUGUAACUACUUGCUAGAUGGGAAUAUCUCAGAUUUAUAUCAGUUUAACCCAGUCGCUCCAAUCAGAUCCGCCAACCCCGGGUUCGUGCAUCAACCAACGGUUGAAGAACAAAUCCACUGCGUUCUGUUUUUAAUCGACGCUGCUAAGGUGGGGGACAUACCACAGAAAUUAGUCGACAAGAUGCACAGCUUCCAAAAACUUGUUGUUCUGAAAGGAAUUCCACAAGUAGUUCUUUUAACAAAAGUCGACCUUGCCUGUCAGGAAGUUGCCAGUAACAUCACCAACGUGUUCAAGAGCAAGAAAAUUGAGGCAGCUGUGGACAAGGCAUCAAACCUUCUCGGAUUACCUAGAAACCACAUUCUUCCGGUGAAAAACUACGAGAAUGAGAUGGAGCUGGAUGACAACAUCAGCAUCCUGGCCUUGAUGACACUGCGUCAGGUGCUUCACUUUGCAGAGGAUUACCUUCAGGUCCUUCAGAACAAACUGAAAGCGUGUGGUGUUUCUAUCGAGAAGCUGGACCAACGAGAAUCAGUAGAAAAAGGCAGUGACCAAGAGUAAUAGAAUACACCGCUUUGCCUUUCUCCAGUGAUUUCUAAUUGAAAAUUAAUGUGUAUAUCUCGUUACUUAAACUAGUUAAUCGGAUACAUCAAUUUAGGCUUAAAAAGUUAAACUGAAAUUGUGUAUUCGUGACGGAUUGGUUAUUUAGUGCAAAUGGUUAAUUAUAUAUUGAUAUGUAAUAUGUAUACUAUUGAUCGGUAUAUUAUAAAUGGAACUGGUUUUGAUGUGUGCUUUAUUUUUUUAAAUUGUUUCACAUGUGUGAAUUAUGUUACGAAGUGAUUGUAUAUAUAUAUUACAUAAAAUUUAUUUUAUUUGUUUGACUGUCCUUGACUGUGACUGUUUUACUGUUACAGCCUUUUUAAAAAUCUGAAUAGUAAAGGUAGAAACCUUAUUUACUUUAUUUACCUUAAUUAUUUGUAGCUUAUUGAAUUAUAUUUUAUGGAUAACUGAAUAUAUAUUGCAUAUGAAUCUUUUUAAUCUCUAAAG